UUGAAGGCUUAAACCCUACCGCUCCGUCCCUUGAAAAAACAAGCGGGCAGCGGUAUCCUCUCCCUCUGUGAUUGCUUGGUUGAGUUGUCAAGUACUUUCAAGGAACAAAAACGGAAAGGAAAAUGGAGGAGAGGAAAGAGAAGGAGAAGGGGAAGCGCGAAGGGAAAGCAGCAGCUGCAGAAGAGGAAGCGAAGCAGCCCAGGAAGAAAAAACGCAACGAAAAUUUUCCUUUCGGAAAUUACAGAAGCUACUACGGCUACCGCCUAUAUUAAUGUAGAUUUUGUGCAUAUGGCUUGAUUUGUCAAUAUUGUGCUCAUGAUGUAUGGUGGCCCUGUUUGAAAUACUUGGAACCGAUUGGUUUAUCAACGUUUUGGAAUUUUGGAUAGGUAGGGACUUGGAGGAAGAUCCUCGAUUAAAGGUUUUGAAGAAGGAAUGGUUUGAAGACAAGGAUUGUCUUGAUAUUGGCUGCAAUAGUGGGAUAAUUACCAUUCUAAUUGCUAAAAAGUUUUGCUGCCGGAGCAUUCUUGGACUUGACAUUGAUUCUAACCGAAUAGAGGAUGCACACUGGAAUCUCAAAAAAUUUGUGAAAAUGAAACAUACUCAGAAGACAAAUGCAAAGGCUUCAAAAUUGGAGGUUUCGGGGAGUGCAAAUGGUUCAGAGAGUGUUACAGCAUCCCCCAAUGAAGUGACUGAAGAAAUUUCAAGGGAUUCACCUUCCAUGGGAAGAGAUCUGUUUGGCAUAGUCUCUUUCCAAAAAGAAAAUUUUGUUCAGAGUCGGUGUCCACCAGAAAAGCACUAUGAUACAAUCCUUUGUUUGAGUGUGACAAAAUGGAUUCAUCUUAAUUGGGGUGAUGAAGGAUUGAUUACAUUAUUUUCAAAGAUUUGGAGAUUGCUUAAUCCGGGUGGCAUUCUUUUAUUGGAACCUCAACCUUGGAAGUCGUAUGUAAGCAACUGUCAAGUUUCUGAGACAACGGCAAUCAAUUUUAAGAAUAUUAUUUUACGUCCAGAACAUUUUCAGGAAAUACUUCUGGAUAAGAUUGGAUUUAGAAAGGUAGAAGACAUAACUUCCAGCUUAUCAGGCAGCAAAACUGGAUUUAACAGACCGAUUUGGGUGUUCUACAAAUGACUCGUCAGAUAUUUGGUUUGAUGAUGCGUGUUCAUGUGGCUUGCUUCAGAAAGUUACUCUCAACUGUGCACUCUUUAUGGGAUGGGAUUAGCCUCGCUUUCGAUCUUAGACUUCAGAAAGCAAUUAUCAGAAGGGAAGAUAUAUUAGAUCCAUUUUGUUUCGAUCAAAUAUAUAAUAUACCUUUUUUUUGUUUUUUGUCCCAGUUAGGUGAAAUCGUGACAGGCAAAGUAAUAGAAUGUGGUUUGACCUGAGUCUGUAAUUGCACGUACAAACAUACAUGUUAUGCUGUAGAUUCUCACUGAUUAAUUGAAAUCAUACCCGUUUUGUUUGUUAUGUGCUACCUUUUUAUUUUCA